AUCUCUCUCUCCCUCCCUCGGAUUUCUCGAACCCAACCAGAGCGUGCAUCACCAACUCCCUCCUUAGCUUUCAAGUUCCAACCAUCAGAAGCACUUACCAUCACAAAGUGCUUCUAAUCCAAAAGCACAAUCAAUAUAUUUCUCUGCUCUGUUCUUAUCUUCUUCUCUCAUAAUUCAGCAGUGGAAUUUUGCUUCCAUUGCUAUUUGGUCUUGCUAUCAAUCACUCUUUCAAGUACUUAUUUAAAUCGUUUAGUCCCAAAUUCAACAAAUCAGGUUCGAAAACUGCCUGAUAAUUUCUUAUUUCACAAUGGAGUCUGAAAAUGGGGUUACAUUCGACGAUGAGAGUUGUGUUAUCGAGGAAAAACAUGUAGAUGUAUCAGUACCGAGUUUGAGCAAAGAGGGAAAGAAUGCUGAUGGUAAUGCUGAAGUUCCUGCCGUGAAUGGAAUAUCUGAACCUGUGACAAAAGAUGAAGGCAUUAACUCUUCUGAAGUUGCAGUUGCAGCCUCUGCGACUGUUCCGCCUGGUAAAAAUUCAAAAGCUGCAAAGAAUCCUCAUGCUCCGAACAAUGGUUUUUCAAAGAGCAAACCGGCCAAAGAAAAACCUACUGUGAAGGGCGCAACUCCAUUCCCUCGUAAGGAGAGGGCAUUGCUUUCUCAGAGUCUUUCUUUCCCGGCAAGAGGAUCUCAUGCAGAUCCUAUGAAGAAGAGCAUUGAUGUGUACCCAGUGAAAACAGAAAUCAAACAUGCUCGAGGAGCAACCAAAGCUGAGGCUCCCAUUUCAGUUUCUCGUCUGAAUAAUCCAACUAGGCGGGCAUCCACAGGAGUUCAUUCAAAUGAUGGGAACACAACUGGAGAUUCCAUUAAGAGGACUUCUUUGGCAUCAAUACCCAGCAUUAGAUCCUCUUCAUCCGGCAAGUCUGGUUCUGUGGAUACAUCCGCCAAUAACCCAUCUAAUGGGAUCCGAUCAGUUGAUCAAAGUUUAAAUGCUGUAAAAACAACUCUGCCAAUCAAAGAGGAUGAUGAUGCUCACUCCGUUGCUUCGACUACACCUAGCGGGCGGAGGAUCAGUGCUUCUGGAUUUUCCUUUAGGUUGGAAGAACGUGCUGAAAAACGGAAGGAGUUUUUUACGAAGCUGGAAGAGAAGAUACAGGCUAAGGAAGAAGAAAAAAAUAACUCGCAAGCAAAAUCAAAGGAAAGCCAGGAAGCUGAGAUCAAGCGACUAAGGAAGAGCCUGACGUUUAAGGCGGCGCCCAUGCCAAGUUUCUAUAAAGAGCCUCCUCCGAAAGUUGAACUCAAGAAGAUUCCAACCACACGGCCAAAAUCUCCAAAACUUGGACGGAACAAGAGCUCCAUUUCUUCGCUAAACAGUUCUUCAGAAGGUGCUGGGGCAUCUCUUAGCCCACGUCUGAAUCAAGAACUGAAUAUUUCAAAGAAAGGAUUAAAGACUAAAAGCGAAAAGGACGUCAUAGAUCCAAAGAAGCCUAUUAGAAAGUCUCAAACUAGGCUUCCUUCUCAGGAAAAUGCUGCUACUAAAACUGAAGCAAAGCCUGCGAAGUCACCACCAAAGGGUACCAAAGAAGAAACACAAGACCAGAAAGCGCACACCGGAAAAACUGAAGAAGCUCAGGACCAGUCAGGGCAUCUUUCCGAAUUCCAAGAUGAGAUAGAGCCUGAAGUGAGUGUUGGCCAGAUCAAAGAACCAGUCCUUGGUGCACCUAUCCCGGAGAUCAUGCCUCAUGAAGUUUCGGUUGGAGUUUAACGACAUUUGUGAUGCCGAAGCAUUGUGUUCAUAGAGUCUUGAAAGGUUUAAGUUGCAUAUUGUUGUGAAUACAGAACCAUCAUGGGAUGCUCAUGAAAGUCGUAUAUUGAUGUCUCUAAAGGUCAAAUGUAGUUUGUUUUUUUAUCAGUCAUCAAAUUACUGUGGAAAUUUGAAGACAAUGAUCUAUGGAUUAUGAGUCUUUCAUGUAUAAUUGAUGAUUGCUUUUUAUCCCUACA